AUGCCCGCUCCAUGGCGCCGUGGAGUUUACGACAAGGUGGAUUAUGUUGUAGUGGAAAGAGACGGUGUUGAGAACGAGAUUGAGUUGGUGGAAGACGAGCCUACGCCCACGCUGAACCGACUAUCACGAGCAAGACGUCAGGAGCCAAGCCCUACAGAUGGAGACUACGACAGCGACUCUGACGACGAUGACUACCCCGAGAACCCGACCAUGACGCCUAUGACAACACCUUCGCUUAUGAUACCGUCCGGAAGUGCAGCAAUGUUGGUCACAAUGACUCUCAGUGGUCUGGAGCCAGAGGCUACGACACCUGCCUUGGCUGAGAGCGACCCCACGGAGACCAUCGUGAUUGCCAUGCCACCGCCCAGACCCCAUCAUGACCGUCCCAUCUCCCAGACGACUGAGCACCUGCUCAUAGCUGCUGGUUCAAUCGGUGCGACUAUCAUCAUUGUCAUGGUCGUUCUCGCCAUGUACACCAUGAAGAAACGAGGUCUUACAUUCAAGGACGUAAUUCAGCAAGGCAAGCAGCAGCUCCGUCGCGGACCCCCACCUCCACCACCAUCGAGAUACGGUCAGGAUAAGAAGCAGUUCGAUGAUGGAUACGCGUAUGGCAUGAACGACUCUUUCCGCGCGCCUCAACCGACAGUCGCACCUGUACGAUCUAGUUCGCUGUCUUCGCAGAAACGAUUGCGAGACCUCGAGCGAAGCGACAGCUUCAACCAGCCUCCGACUCGGGAUGGAAACAUGAGCUUCUACGAUGACACACCGUCGCGUGCAAACUCGCAUCGUCGAAAUGACAGUGCAACACCCUCAUCACCGCUUUUGCCCAUAGAGGGGCGACGGCAGAGUAACUCGACUCGCAACACCAGAUCUUUGGAUGGUGACGAAGAGUCGCUGCGAUACCCUGAACCUCAGGAGCAGACUAGAAACCUGCCUCCUCCUCCAUCUUUCCGUCAGUUCUUGUCGAACCGUCCUUCAAUCUCUCAACGACCCGGUUUCGGCGGUGCAUCCGCAGCAGCCGCAGCCGCCGGUGGUGGCAUGGCCAGCAGAUUCAGCUGGACAAACUCCCAAGCUCCUCAAACCCCGCAUGACCCCUCUCGCGACACUGCUACCCAGCCUCUUGGCCGUGAUAGCUUCAUGACAACGCGAUCUUCCGUUCCUCGUUUCCGCACUGUCGACUCCUGGGUGAACCAGCAAUCCAACCGCGUCGAGGAACAAAAGCUCAAGCAACAGUUCCGCAUGACACAGUCUACCACAUACUCUGAAGACGAGGUUCCCGAGAUGCCAGCUCUACCGUCCUCCGUUCCCAAGAACGCAAGCGGCAUAACCAGGCAACCGAGUGCUGCGGGUCUAAGCCGCAAUGGCAGCAAGAGCGGUCUAGUAGGAAGGGACAUCAAGCACCAGAGACACGAUACCCAGACGACGGCCCCAAUCUUCAAGGCACACCCAGGCACGGAAGUGCGCUUCAGCACACGCAGCGCUGUUCCUUCUGAGAUCUUGGAUAGGGGACGGGAUAAUGUCGCCCUAUGA